AUGACUGAAGAAAGAAGGAAAGUAAAAGGAUGUUACUGCGUUAGGCAGAAAUUUCAGAAGCCACAACAGAAGAAUAAAGAACAGUGUAAGAGGAAACGGCAAACACUCGUGUACAACCCGGAGGAAGAAAUGUAUCACGAACCAUACAUGAGGGAUUUACGCAAAGAAUUCUCAUGUGUGUCUUUAUUAUGUGAUUCAAAAAUCGAAUUGCCAUGGAGAGAUAUCGCAUUACCGUCAGCUGGCAUGAAAAUUCGUCAAGAGGAUUCGUUGACUCCUUUAAAUACUCACCAGGAGUUAGUUGAAGAGGAUACUGGGAAGGAGCCUAUAGAAGAUGAAUCUCUGGGCACUAUGGCUCUACCAUGGAAAGAUUUAAUAGUUACCGAAAUCGUACAAUCAACUCUGGCAAACCCUGAAAGCUGUGAUUCCACAUUAGAGAUUCCAUGGAAUGAUCUUGUGCUCGAGAAACCGAUAGAGAUACAAGCACCGCCAGAAGAAGCUUGUGUCAACAAUGACGUUGAAAUUCCGUGGAAUGACAUAUUAAUACCCCGAAAUAUAGUGAUUGAGCCACAAAUAAAAAAGAAGCAUCCAUCUUCAAAGUACCCACCGCGCGGAGAGACAAGCAUGGGGAGUACAAAAUGUAAAAUAACUUGCCCAAAAGUUGGAACUUGCUCAAGAUCUGACGAUUACCGUAAAUAG